AUGGCUCUGGCUGUAAUCAUUACUGUGCAUCCGUCGAAUGCAAGAGACUCCUCUUAUUUUCAAGCAUCACGUCGACAUAUUGAUCGGGAUCAACUUAAGCGUAUGCUGAUGAAUUACGUAUCACGGAAUGCCGUCGAAGAAUCAGACGAAGAUAAUGAUUUAUUACAGAAGCGUGAUAAUACAGUUAUUCCUUGGACCCAAUUAUCAAGUGCCGGUUGGGUGGAAUGUUAUUGGCUUUCAAGUGUAUACGAUAAAACAACAACGGACGCCUGUAAACAGGCUUGUCUUGGAGUAACUGAUUGCAAUGCAGUAAACUUAAGGCACAGUGAACACCGAUGUGAUUUCGAAAAAUGCACACCAGGCACACAAAAAGUCAAUGCUGAUGCCGAUCAUGAGGCACAUAUCAUGACAAGCGCACGUGAGUACUGUUUCUGUGCAGAUGCAUAA